AUCAUGGCACGACAACAUGAACAGCUGAAUAUCAGUCUUGAUGAAAACAAUAUAGAAAAGAGUGCAACAUCUAUUUUAGAUGUAAUACGACCACAAUGGAAAGCAGACAACAUCAAAUUUAAGCAUUUCACUGAAGGUAUAACUAACAAAUUGAUUGGAUGUUAUGAAGCAGACAAGGGAUUUGGAAGCGAUGUGGUGCUAAUAAGAAUAUAUGGUGCUAAUACAGAUCUGAUUAUAGAUAGAGAUACAGAGAAAAAUAAUAUUAUAUUUCUGUCAGAGCAUGGGCUGUGUCCACCUCUUUAUGCUGUGUUUAAUAAUGGUGUGGCUUAUGGAUUCUCUCCAGGAGAAACAUUAGACCCAGAAUCAGUUAGAAGAUACAGGGUACAAAUUGCAAAGGAGAUGGUAAAAUUACACUCUUUGAAACCAAAAUCUGGGGCUAGGCCAGCUGCAGGUUUGUUUCCAAAACUUGAAAAGUGGUUAUCGAUUGCACCAACUGGGUAUGACCAACCUGAAAAAAAUGAAAGAUUUAUAAAAGAGGUUGGAUCUAUAGAUAGGCUAAGGAAGGAAUAUGAAGAACUGAAGAAGACAAUAGAAUCUUUGAAUGCUCCUGCUGUCAUGAGCCACAAUGAUCUCUUGUUGAAGAAUUUAGUUUAUGAUGAAGCUACAGACAAAAUUAGCCUUAUAGAUCAUGAGUAUGCAAUGUUUAAUUACCAGCCUUAUGAUAUAGGAAACCAUUUCUGUGAAUAUGCAGGUGUAGAUGAAGUAGAUUUCAGCAGGUAUCCAGACAAAGAGUACCAGUUACAAUGGUUACGUACAUAUUUAGAAGAAUGGAAUAAACAAAAUGAGAUAAACUCCCCUGUGACUGAUGAUGAUGUGUAUAAGCUUUACACACAAGUUAAUAAGUGUGCUUUGGCAGCACAUUUUUUCUGGGGAGUUUGGGCUUUGAUACAGUCAAAAUAUUCCACUAUAGAUUUUGACUAUUUAGACUACGCCAUAAUGAAAUUGAAUGAGUACUUUGCAAGGAAGGGAGAAUUUUUAGCACUUUGAGAUAUUGAAGGAUUUGAUAUUAUUUUUAUGGCAAGGGAUUUAACUUAUAUUUUUAAUAUCAAAUAUUUUAUUUUGAUAUACAUUCUUUUAAAGGAGAUUUUCACCUAUGUUUGUUAUACAUGUUUACAUAGUGACAUUUUAUGAAUACAAAAUGUAUUUGUCUAAAUUUAAAAAGCUAAUUCUACUAUUGUGACUAUUCUCAGGUAUUUUAAAAUUCUACGAUUACUACAGCACUCUGGUAUUAUCAGGGUAUUCAUUGUAUUUAAAUAUCUUUGUUGCAUUUACAAAAACUUUUCAAACUUUCAUACAAUUUCCAAAAACAUGUUUUAUUAAAAUAUUACACCAUGUUUGACCACGGAAAUCAAAUGAAAAGGAAUAACAACGAUUAAUUAGCAUGUAUUAAUGACCUGCAGAGCUCUGUACUAAAGUCAUAUGAUUUAUGCAAUUAUUGUCUCAGCCGCAAGACCCCUUUGGUUACUAUCCAUGAUACCGCUGUUGUAAAAUGAUCAGGAAUUUCUUAUCAAUCACAUGAUUUUAACGUGUCUGGUUAAUACAGCACACCUGUGGGAAAUCCCUUGUUAAUUGAUAACAAGGUGGCGCUGUAUCUUGUACAACUCCUACCUUUAGAAAGAAAUAGAAAAGUGUAAAAAACUUGAAAAUCGGACGAGAAUUGCGUAAACUACAACAGUUUAACAUUGAAAGUUGUAUUUAUUUUUGUAAAUUUUUGGUUUUUAAUCUUUUUAGCUCACCUGGCCCAAAGGGCCAAGUGAGCUUUUCUCAUCACUUGGCGUCCGUCGUCCGUCGUCGUCAUCGUCGUCCUCGUUAGCUUUUUACAAAAAUCUUCUCCUCUGAAACCACUGGGCCAAAUUAUACCAAACUUGGCCAGAAUCAUCAUUAGGGUAUCUAGUUUAAAAAAUGUGUCCGAUGACCCCGCCAACCAACCAAGAUGGCCGCCAUGGCUAAAAAUAGAACAUAGGGGUAAAAUGUAGAUUUUGGCUUAUAUCUCUGAAACCAAAGCAUUUAGAGUAAAUCUGACAUAGGGUAAAACUGAUUAUCAGGUCAAGAUCUAUCUGCCCUGAAAUUUGCAGAAAAAUUUGACAACCUGUUGUUGGGUUGCUGCCCCUGAAUUGGUAAUUUUAAGGAAAUUUUGCAGUUUUGGUUAUUAUCUUGAAUAUUAUUAUAGAUAGAGAUAAACUGUAAACAGCAAUAAUGUUCAGCAAAGUAAGAUCUACAAAUAAGUUGUCAUGACCAAAAUUGUCAGUCAACCCCUUUAGGAGUUAUUGCCCUUAAUAGUCAAUUUUUAACAAUUUUUUGUAAAUUUUUGUAAUCUUUUACAAAAAUCUUCUUCUCUGAAACUACUGAGACAAAUUUAACCAUACUUAACCAUAAUCAUUAUUAGGGUAUCUAGUUUAAAAAAUUUGUCCGAUGACCCCGCCUUCCAACCAUCAUGGCCGACUUGGUUAAAAAUAGAACAUAGGGGUAAAAUGCAGUUUUUGGUUUAUAUCUCUGAAACUAAAGCAUUUAGAGCAAAUCUGACAGGUGGCAAAAAUGUUCAUCAGAUUUAGAUUUAUCUGCCCUGAAAUUUUCAGACGAAUCCGACAACCCGUUGUUGGGUUGCUGCCCCUGAGUUAGUAAUUUUACAAAAAUUUCGCAGUUUUUUGUUAUUAUCUUGGAUAUCAUUUUAAUAUCUAAUAUCUAAUACUAUUAAUUAUGAUUUUAACCUUAUUUUACAUGAUUUCCAAAGCAUCAGUAAAUACAGGUGAGCGACACAGGCUCUUGAGAGCCUCUAGUUUUUUUACUGAUCUAAAAGUAUUUUCCGCAUGAAAGAGGAUCUCGAGUAAAACAGGUAAUAACGAUGAAGCGAUCAUGUUACACAUGAUGUUUAACACAAUUAUGUAGACAUAUUUAGACAUAAAAUAUUUUUCUGUUGAAAAGUUUAUCGAGCAUUAUAAAAAUAUUAACCUUCAAAUAUUUUAGAUUAAAAGAAUUAUAAUAGAAGUCAUUGAUUUGUUUAUCGAAACUGGGCAAAUUAAAUGGGGAUAAUAAAGACGUAAAAUUUAUAUCUAUAUUCAAAAAGUGCUUUUAUAACAAUUGAAUAUUAAUUAACACGUUACAACUAAAAGAUAAACAACCAAACAAAAUGAGAAUGAUGCUAUCUUUCUAACCACAAAUUUAUUUCAGUGGGUUAUUUUAAAUUUCAUAUGAAUUAGUUUAUGUACAAAUUAAAGAAUAGAAAUGUUUGAAAUUGUGCAUUUUCAAAUUGACUAGAAAAAACAGAAGACUUUGUUUAUUUUUAUUAAAAAAGAAUGUCAAAACAUUUUUGUACAUUUUAUAUCUUCUUUACCCUUACCAUGUGGAGGUGUAAUAUUAUGGCCUCUACCCAAAAUACCAUUUUUUGGCUUCAAUGGCUCUCCAUACUUUUAGAAGUCAACUGUGUGACAUUAAUUUCGAAGUUGAUGCAUGUUCCCUCAACCUAAGGCUAUUUAUUGUCAUGUUUCUCAGAUUUAAGGUGCAUUUUGAGCCCAAAUACGAACAUGGAAAAUUGAAAUCGGAUAAAACAGGUUUUUCUGGAGGGGUGGGCUUCCUUUCGUUUUCUGACACAUGCAGUUCAGAGGCCAAAAACUUCCAAAAAUAGUGUAUACCUGCGGGAAUUUUAACUACUGAUUUUAGUAUUUAAUAUUGAAAUUCACUUAGUGAACAACUACUUCCGGUUGCAGGUCCAGUUGAAGCCAAAAAUGUACCAAGAUCAGUUUCACUCCGACCUAAGCUUUGUUGUGGUUAAUGUGAUUACUGGGGUCCACUCAACAUGCAGACUGCAGUGGGAUACAUCUAUCAGCAUCCCACGGUCUUCCAGGUCAAGAAAUAGGACGAAAAAUCGCCAAAAUUGACGCGUUUUUGCACCUGAUGACCAACUUUGGGGCAGAUAACCGAACACCCACCCCACCUCCUCACCCCAACCACCCACCCCGUGAUCCCUAUCUUAUCUUUAAUGGAAUCAAUAUUCAACAGCAGCAGGGGAGGAUCUUAACAUGAUUUAUGCAAGGGACAUUAUACUAUCUUUAAACAAUGAAAUUGAAAAUGAUCCACCAUAUUUCCCCAAUUUCAUAUGUAAUAACUAUUGGCUUAACAAUAGACAUAUAUACAUGUAUAUAUGUGUCUCUGGCUUAAAUUUUCAAAAUCGAAAAAAGACAUAAAUUAGAAAAAUAAAAUUAAAACAACAUUGAACGAGUAACUAGAUAACUUCAGAACAUGCAAAUUUUUACUUCGUCAGUAACUGGAGUAAACCAAGCCUUCUUCUAUUCACAAGUGUAGAGCAGUGGAAUAUAAUGAGUGAAUUAUUUUGGUUACUUCGUAAGAAUAUCUGACAACAACUGGUCUAUUCGUAUAUUUCCUUGAACAUGACAAUGACUGGAAAGUGUCAGUGAUUUGAUUGAUUACAUGCUGAGAGUCAAUUACCAUUCCAUAUCUUGAACCAAUUAACGAGUAAUCGAAAGACAGGAGGUAACGCAGAUGAAGCCUUUUAACUGGCGUUGUUGUUAUUCCUGUCAAUAUAGUAUUUCCAUGGUUUGACCAAAUGCCAUAUUUUAAUACUCGUGUAAGAUUUUUUUGUUUUGGGUUAAACAUACUAGUUUAUGAAAUAGUAUUUGUAUUGUCAGUGUUACAUGUCUGCUUUAGAAUUUGCCCUUUGAAAAACAUUGGUUAUUGUUAUAAUAGUUCCGUUGCCGUUCUAAGUAUAUUUCCUGUAGGUUGGUUGUGUGUAGAUACAAAUAGCCUUUUAAAUUUGGUAAGCAUAUUUUAAUGUAAUUUUCAUAGUCCUUUUUUAUAUAUAGUCAGAUUAUCAUUUAGAUAGUACAAGUUUUGGUGUUAAACUUUUUUUUAUAUCUUUUAGUAUAUGCAUCCCACAAUGAAGUCAGUAUUUACAAAAAAUAUAUAAGUGUAACCAUACACAUGUUUGCAAUAUAAAUAUAUAGCCAGUACCUCUUUAAUCUGCAAUUGUUGCAGCAGAGUAAUUUGCAUGCUUUUAACUAUUUGUAAUCUUGUCCAGCCAUAUGGACCAAUUUCAAAAAGACUUUGUAAGUUCCAAAACUGGUGUCUGAUCAUUUGAUUAUAAAAAAAAAUAAAGACUUUUUAGAAUGAGAUUUAUUUGGUUUUACUUUCAUGACAAAUUUUAUUCAUGGGAUGAAUAAAAUUACAAUUAAUAAAAAAAAACAUUUGUUUUGCAGCUCACAUGAAUAUUUUUUAAUGUUAAAACAUUUUUUAUGUAAAGCUUUUUUAUCAUGAACUUGCUCUCAAAGAAAAAGUCAUUCCUUAAUAAUUCCAUCAAAAUCCAUGGCUUGGCAGACCCUUAAAAAAUUGCCUACCCAUGCCUUGUAGGGUUGAGUAGGUAGGUAGGUUUUUUUUUUCAGCCUACAACAUAAGUUACAUGAUUUAGACAAGAAAACAACGUUUGACAUGUUAAAGUGGGAACAAAUCUUUAAAAAAAUAAUCUGAAACAGUUUGUGUCAUAACAUUUUUUGGAUAAGCUGCUUUUUAGGUGGGUAGGUAAGCAACAUUUAACAAUUUAAAUUUUAUUCUUGGCCUUGUCUUCCAUAAACAUUUUUUAUUUAUACGAAAGGAUUGAAAACCAUGCAACUUUUCCAACUGUCAUGGGCUGGAUAGUUUUACUCAUCUUGCUUCAAAAGUCUCAUUUUUGUAGCCUCAAUAUUUAUGGGUUUAUUUUCACCACCCAAUUAUGGUUAUUAUAACAAUUAGAUCAGAAGGACCUACAUCAUCAUAUGUGACAUUAAUGAUUAUGUAAAAAGCAUUUGUGAUAUUAAAUCCUUCAUAUGAAUAUACAUUAAAAUAAUGAACUUAUGAAAAGGAGUAUCUUUUAAAACACUGUUGUUUUACUUGUUUAAACCAGUAUAUUGACCAAUUGUGAUAAGAGUGUUAGUUCUCCAAACUAUUUUUAUGUUGUGUUGUAACAGAAUAACUUUUUUGCUUACUUCACUUAUCGUUUUCACAUGUUUUCCAAUUUCUGUAUUCAUGGUUUUGUUGUAUUUUAUUAUUUCUAUGCAAAAUGUUUUGAAAUCCAUGUAUUAUAUCUACCAUGUUUGUCUAUUGACCUAUGCAAUAGUUCAUGAAUACAAUAAUUGCUUAAUUAAUGAUAUUUACAGAUAAUUUUAACAACUGGUAUCUCGAACUAUGGUUAAAAAUGCAAAAUACUAAACUGCAACUAACCUCCAUAAAAUUUACAUAUUUUCAUGUUUCUGUUUUGUCAUACUUUUUCUCUAGUUUAAAACUAAAUCAUGUUGAACUUAGUUUUUGUUGAGCCUGCGACAUCUGUCUCAGAAAGCUAAAACAAAGGGAUAGUGAUCUGGCAGCAGCGUUAACUAACUACUUUAAAGCUUAAUAUUUUAGAAGGGGGAAGACCUGGAUGCUUCAUACUUUGUAUAUAGAUGCCUUAUGUUAUGAAGAUCCUGUCUGUCAUAUGUCCAUUGUCCAUGACCCAUUUUCAUGGUUCAGUGACUACUUGAAAAAAAGUUCAGAUUUUUUGUAAUGUUAAUUUCUCUCUUAUUAUGAGCAAUAGGAUAACUUUAUUUAGUAUGUGCAUACCUUGCAAGGUCCUCAUGCCUGUCAGACAGUUUUCAUCUGACCUCGACCUCAUUUCAUGGAUCAGUGGUUAAAGUUAAGUUUUUAAUGUUUUGUCUUUUUUUCUAAUACUAUAUGCAAUAGGUCAGCUAUAUUUGGUGGAAUAGAAAUAUUUUAUGAUGUACAUGUCAGUCUGGCAGGUUUUAUUUGACCUUGACCUCAUUUUCACUGUUCAUUGCUCAGUGUUAAGGUUUUGUGUUUUGAUCUGUUUUUCUUAAACUAUAAGCAAUAGGUCAACUAUAUUUGGUGAAUGGAAUGAUUUUGUGUUGUAUAUGUCUGUCUGGCAGGUAUCAUCUGACCUGGACCUCAUUUUCAUGAAUCAUUGGUCAAUGUUUAAGGUUUUUUACUUGUUAAGUGUGUUUCUUAGAUACUUUAAGCAAUACAUCAACAAUAUUAAAUGCUUAGAUUGAUUGUUAAGGUGUACAUGUCUGUCUGGCAUGGUUCAUCUGCCCUUGACCUCAUUUUUAUGGUUCAUUGGUCAAUGUUAAGUUUUCCUGCAGGUUAAGUUUGUUUUUUUAAAAACUAUAAGCAAUAGGUCAAAUAUAUUUGGUGUAUGGAAUGAUUGUAAGGUGUACAUUUAUUUCCAGUUUGGUUUAUCUGACUUUGACCUCAUUUUCUUGGAUCAUGUUAAGUUUAAGUGAUACUUGUAGUAAAGCUUUAUAUUGAGGACUAUAAUCAUAAAAUCAAUGGUCAGUAAAGUAGGCGAGAUAUUUCAGCAUGUGCACUCUUGUUAAAACUUUGGCAGAACAUCUGUUCAAUUUCAAUUAUUAAUACAUAUAUUAUUAAGCAAUUUUGUUAUGUUUCUCAUUUUAUCCAGAAAAGUUUCACAAGUUUGUACAGUUCAUUUUAGCUUCAGAUAUUGUUUUACUGUUUUACAAAGGUCACAUGUUACCUAGACACAUGCUCAAAUACCAGUAUUUACAUUAUUGUUAAUAUUUUAUUUUGAAUAACAUGACAACUAUAUCAUUGAAUAUAGAUAUAUUGUUAUAUUAAGUGGUGAUAACACCAUGGGAAAUCAUAGCUGACACUCCUAAGUGAUUUUUGUAUUUGUAAAUUAAAGCUACUAAUAACUGUCAUAAAUGUAAGAGUUUAUGUAUGAAUGAAAUCCAAAUUUUAUAGCAGCAAUAUAAGGAGUUAGAAAAGGAGAAAUGCAAGCAAAGAACUGCUACAUAGAUAAUAAAAAUCAUAUGUAAAAAAGAUUAAUACUUUAAACCAAAUUAUCCUAUGUCUUGAUAGUUUUCAUAUGUAUGAUUGAGCCUGUCAUGCCUGAACUAAUAUACAUCUUUUAAGGAAAUUUGGUGUUAUUGGCAAUUCUUUGAUUGUCUAUUUAGUUUAUUUUUUUACCAUUGCCUACUCCAUGCAUUUAGACAUGACAUUUUGUAUAACCACUUGUUCAUUGGUGAACUUAAGUGCAUUUUGAUUUGUGUUAGGUUAUUGUCUUAUUGAAAUAUAUAUACCUCACAUCUCCUUUUAUUCAUAUUCAUUAUUGAAAAAUGUAUUAACAAAAAUUCCGAUCUCCAAUGUGGAAGUCCAAAAAAACCUGACAAAACUAAAUGCUGGACAAUAUCAACCAAAAGGAAACUGAAAAACAACUGUAAUAUUCCUGCCUUGUUUCCCAAAGAAAACGGUGUGUCAAAUCCUAGUUUAAUAGUUAGCUAAAUAUUCCACUUGUAUGGUAGUUGUAUUUAAAGUUCAGUUAUAGAACUUAAUAUUAAUGUCUUUAAAACUGUAAUAAUCUGCCAACCAUCCUUCUAUAAACAAGUAAGUGUCAUGCAUGGAAACCUAUUCCCUAGAACUAAUCGAUGCACUCACUAUGGUUAUCGAUAAUGAAUUGUAUAAAUUCUCAUAUUUUCAUUCCAAAAGUUAAUCUUCUAACUGUAACAUCAACUAUCCCUGAACAAAAUAGAUAUAUUAUGCAUGAUUUCAAGAAAUUUUGAAAAUAAAUAUGAAUAUCUAUGGAGAAAAUUGGAUUUAUUGAUUUAAAAAAAUAAUCAUAUACAUGUAUGUAAUCCUGUGAUCUUUUUGACUGCAAAUCUCAUUCAUAACAAUGAAAAAAAAAAUCAAGUACGUCCAACAUAUUAUUGUAAAUAAAUACUUGAAGUUCUUUUACUGUUUUGUUAAUGAUUAUAACGUAGUUUAGAGAAAUUAGGAACACAUUAAGGAAUGCACCUCAAUCUUAUUGUGGUCUAGCUACUCAUAUAAAGCAUCAAGCAUGUUAAAUAAGAAGUCAUAAACUGUUAAAUGUGAUUUGCUCAAUUCUAAGGAAGGAUUAAACUCCACAAAACUUCCAAGCCAAGGUUAUAGAGGAUAUGGUUUAGGGCACAGCUGUUUUAAUUUUAAUUUUUGUUAUUUUAUCACUUAUGAAUAAAUUAUCAAUAUCAAAGUA